UAGAGGUCUCCAUGGGAGGGAUUUGUCUUCAGAGGCUUCCUCUGUCUUCUUAGCUCCUGGGCCCUCCCCCUGUCCUCCCUGACCCCUCCUUCGGGAGCUCACAGCCUCGUGGUCCUCGUGGUCCUCGUGCUGCCUAGGAGUAACCCCGCUGCCUCAUUGUCACCCGUCUCCCUAGGGAGUGGCUCCUGCUCCCACAUUGCCCAUGUCUUCUCUCGCCGAGGCUCUCAUUUCUCUAGUUCCACAGCAGAUUCGGAUUUGGACUGCCAAAUCUGAAGAACUUUCACGUUUAAAAAUAGAACUUUCCUUAAUCUAGCAGAAUGAAUCCCUAAUGGUGAGAAUCUCACGGGGAUUGAAUGUGUUGGGGAGAACUGCCCAAGGCCUACAUUUUACUAUUUGGGCCCCAAUCUGGGCCGGCCCUGGUCUGGUCUUCAGGGAGGUCAAGGAAGAUCAGCACUUGGGAAGCUCAGAGUGUGGCGGCAGGGCUGGGCCCUGCGUUCCUUGCUCCUGAGGAGGGGUCUGAGGAACAUGGGGGGUGCCCCCAAGGAGCCAGGCCGGCGGCGGCUGUUGGUCCUCCUACACUCCACGCCUCCCCCUCGCUCGUCAGACGAUCCAAGCCUUAGAUGACAUGUUACAAGCUCUCGUGAUGGAGGAUAUGGAACCCAAUAUGCUCAUACUGCAGAACUUCCUGGAGAUCAUCUUGCCUUGGUUAACGCUGUCAGAGAAAGUGCACGAACAGAGCCGGGCCUUGGGCACCAUCUCCCGGAUGCUGAGGUUUAUUUGCAAUUUCCCAGAACUGUCGCACUUGACGGAGUUCUCCAUCAGUGGGAAGCUCAUGGGCAUCCUAGGCCUGUUCUGCAUGAACGCCAACUACGAGAUCAGCGCAGAGGCCUCGGAGGCACUGCAUUACUUGUUCAAAAUCCUUGUGCUUCAUAGAAGUCUGAAGCAGAAGACGGAGGGCAUCCUGAAGGAGCUGCAGAAGCAUUUCCGGGGAGGAUGGUUUGCCAACAUCCAGAGUCUCACCAUGUUCUUCCGGAAAUACCUGACCCCUGAAGAGAGAGCAGAUGUGAUCAUGGUGUCAAUGGAGACUAUGAGCAGUGCCAGCAGGCAUGACGUCUGUGCGGCUUCCAAGAUGCUAAAGAUGAUCCUGAAGCACUCACUGCCGGAAAUCGGGAAGGUGCCAGAAAUCAUCCAGUACACUUACCACAAUAUGAACAGCAUCACUGAAACCACGGCCCAAGGGACCAUAGAGAAGAUCCUUUACCUGCUGGCCCAGACCUACACCGAUGAAGUUAUCCUGACACUAUUUAAGAUGAAAGAUCAGUCACAAAGGGGAGUUCACAAGCCCUGGGAAAUCCUGGCAUCAUUCCCCAAAGGCUAUGAAGUGAUCAUGGAAUUUCUGCUGCAGAAACUGACUCCACACCAGAAAUCAAAGGGCCAGGAGCCCAGCCACAGGAGAGAGAUCUCUCCAUUGAUUGCCACCAGGGCCAUCCACGAGCUCCUGCUGGAACCGAGUCGGCGGAUAGAGGUGCAGACCUUCUUCUCCUCCCUGUUUAUGACCCUGCUGAACCAGAUCUCCUUUCUUGUGGUUGAAGGGGGCACUGACAUCCAGGAUCAGCAGCAUGUAACCGAAUGGGUGGACCCUGUCAGUGCCACCGUGGAGGCCCUGAAGGCUUUGAUGCUAAGGGCUGGGUAUGGGGACUACGUGUCUUUUGUUCAGAAACUUGGGGGCUGGGAGCUGCUCACCAGUCCUGAAAGACACUAUGAGGGUGUCACUCUGCUGGCCAGGGCCAUGGUCAUCAAGAACUGUUGGCACAACCGCCCCAUCUUCAGCUUCAUCAUCAAGACUCUCCAAGAAGUGGGCAACACGAACCACUUGACAGCCUUCGUGUUCAUGACCGAGCUGCUCCGGUGCCCAGGUGUGGUGGCCACAGUGGAUGAGGCCACGGUCCGCGUCCUGGCAGGCUGGUUCCAGUAUGAGGAGCCCAGCACGGUGAAGCUAUUGCUGCAGGUGGUGGGGAUCUUUGCAAAGCACGGGAACAUGGUGCGACAGCUCCGCAUCCUGCAGCCCUACGUGCUCAACUGCUGCUACUCCCUGGACAGCGACAUUGUGAUGGAGACCUUCGCGCUGCUCAGGAGUCUCAUGGAGCACCUCACCUGGCAGCACUCCUCCUCCUUCCUCAUUCAGCUCACCUUCACGCUGGGGCCCUUCUUUGAGGAGGAGCCCGACCACCUGCGCUUGCUGGCCUUCGAGAUCUACAGGGCUCUCUUGGCCAAGGUCAAGAGGACGGUGCUUGUCUUCCCCUUGAAGCACCAGGUCCUCAACCUGACAGUCCUCCUCGUGCUCCACCUGGAGGAUGUGAAUGCCAGCGUGGCUCAGGUCUGCCGGUCUGCCCUGUGCCACACGGCCGCCGUACUGCGCUGGUCAAGGCUCAGAGCGGUGUUUGCCGAGAGGGACGUGUGGACCAUCCUCCGAGCGCUGCUGCAGCAGGAGGCAAGCAAAGCCCUUUGGUUCCUGAAGCAGUGUGUGACUCUCUUCAAGAGCCCCCAGGCCGCCAUCCGCCAGACAGCAGUGCGGUUUGCAGGUCAGAUCAUCCAGACCCUGGACGCCGAGGAGGCCGAUGACAUUGAGGAAGUAUGCACAGCCCUAAAGAACAUUCAGGAAGACCCCGACCCCAUGGUCAGCUGCCUCGCCACUCAGACCCUCUACAUCCUGGAAGCCAAGGAGAAGCUGCUGGCCAACACCUCGACCUCCUGCUUCUGCGGGCGGAGGGCUCGGAAGAGCUACUCCUGAGCCUGCGUCCCCGGGGCCUGGCCAGGCAGCUGCGACCGUGACACGACGGCUGCUGUGACAGUGGGGCCAGGCCCCCAGAAGACGACGUGUGCCCCUCACAGCCUUGUAAUAAAAGAGGCAUGAACUUC